UUAACAUAUUCAUGCAUCCUUAUAUAUGUGGAAUCAAUAGUUUUUUCUGAAAAGAUAGCUGUGUGUAUUGGUCCAUAUUUGCUUUGGAUUUAUAUACCCUUACGAUCAAACAGGAAGGCACUUUUAAAGCUAUAGUAUAUUUUUUUGGUCUCACAUAACAGUUGAUUUUCAACUUCACAACUCAGGCACCAUCUAUCAACGUAAAACAUGUAUGUUUUGCUGUAUAGAGGCACUUUUUCGAUGCUGCUGCUUUUUUCUUCAAAUAUAAUUUUUUUGAGUGGGUUGGAUGAGUUUUCAUCAGUACACAAAAUAAUGAAAAGUCUCUCAGCAUAUUAUUUGUGUGCUUCUGUCUAUAUAAUUGGUUCUCUGUCAUUUUUUUCAUUUUACCAGAGUUUAUUACACUCCCCCAUUCUCAAAUUAGUGUCACUUUAUAGUACUGUACAAGGAUAGGAAACGAACAACUGUUCUAAAAAACUAUGAAAAAAACCAGAACAAGAAAGUAUUGUCAUUUUCUUGAAAGCAAAUGCUGUUAAUUUAUGCUCUUGGAGGGAGAAGGGAAUUUUGGUGAGGAAAAAAGGAAAUAAAUUUUUUCUUGGCAGUGAAAAACAACAGAUCAUUUAGAACAAAUUUUUGCUGAAGUGACAUUUAUUAAUGGGGGCAAUAUGUACUGUUCAGAAGAGUGUAAAAAGGAAAUAAUAUUGUAUGUUUGCUUACUUGAUUGCUUAUGUUUUCAUUAUUGCUUACCAAUGUUUAUCAUUCGAUUAACAAGCUACUCGUGCUUUUUCCGUCAGUAAAUAUCAACCGUUAUCCAUAUGAUAAAUAAUUGGACCAAGUACGAUUAAUUGAAACGACUGAGUCGUAUUUGAUAUCACAUACCGCCAAAUUUCCUCUAGAAUACCAGAAAAGAAAAACUCUAGCAACAUUAGUAAGGUAAUGAAAUGGGAAUGCAUCAGUUGGGAAAUUCAAUGUAGCUUGAUUCGGAUAGGUCGGUAUACAAAGUUGCAUACCAGGGUCUGACACCAAAGUAAAAGUAGGUAUGCAUCAGUUAGGAGAUUCACCUUUCGGAUCUGUCCAACAAGAUACUCCUAAAGUUGGUUUUGGAUAUGAAAACACCACAUCUAUAAAUUGAAGUUCUUGCAGAGUUAUACGCAAAUAAAUGAGGUUGUGAGGGCAUUGUUAUACGAAAGUUGCGAAUUUAUUCAGGCUUUCAAGUAGAGGUUUUUCUUGACCAUUGGGAAGUAGAUCACAAUAAGUAAAUAUGAAGUUCAUGAAACUUGGUACAAGGCCUGAUACUUUCUACACUGAACAAGCCACCAGGAGUCUGGUUUCAGAUGUACAAGCUGACCUUGUGAUAAAAAUCAAUGAUACCACUUAUCUGCUACACAAGUCUUCGCUUCUUCCAAAAUGUGGCCUUCUACAAAGACUUUGCUCGGAUUCUAGUGAUUCUGAGAAUGUUCCUCUAGAGCUUCAUGAUAUGCCCGGAGGUGCAGAUGCUUUUGAACUCUGUGCUAAGUUCUGCUAUGGAGUUUCAAUCAAUAUCAGUGCUCAUAACUUUGUUCCUGCACUCUGCGCCGCUAAGCUCCUACAAAUGAAUGAGUCCAUUGAGAAGGGAAACUUUGUAGGCAAACUUGAGGCUUUCUUCAAUUCAUGCAUUCUUGAAGGAUGGAAGGACUCUAUUGCAGCACUGCAGGCCACUGACAAGUUACCUGAGUGGUCCGAGAAUCUUGGCAUAACAAGAAAAUGCAUUGAUUCAAUUAUUGAGAAAAUUCUUACACCCCCACCCCAGGUCAAGUGGUCCUACACCUACACAAGGCCUGGUUAUACUAGAAAGCAGCAUCAUUCAGUCCCAAAGGAUUGGUGGACUGAGGAUGUGUCUGAUCUUAACAUAGAUCUUUUCAGAUGCAUAAUAAUGGCUAUUAGAUCAACAUAUGUGCUCCCACCACAGCUUAUUGGUGAAGCUUUGCAUGUCUAUGCUUGUAAGUGGCUACCUGGCAUCACAAAGCUUAAAAAUUCACUUGGUUCUGCAGCAAUAACAGAAGAAUCCAAAGCGAUUAACCGAAAAAUUCUGGAGACAAUUGUGAGCAUGAUUCCCGCAGAUAGAGGGUCAGUUUCAGCUGGCUUCUUGUUAAGGCUCCUCAGCAUUUCAGGCCCUCUUGGAGUCUCCCCAGUGACAAAAACAGAACUGGUGAAGAGAGCCAGUAUACAGUUUGAGGAGGCAACAGUGAGUGACCUGCUUUGUCCUUCAACAUCCUCUUUGGACCAAAAUUUGUAUGACACCGAGUUAGUUCAAGCAGUGCUGGAAAGUUUCUUAAAGUUUUGGAAAAGACUCUACCCUGGUGCUGUGGAUAACAGACACUUGUUAAAAUCAAUCAGAAAUGUUGGUAAGCUCAUUGAUUCCUAUCUUCAAGUGGUGGCAAGGGAUGAUAAUAUGCCAGUGUCAAAGUUUGUCUCUCUGGCUGAAACUGUGCCAGCUAUUGGCCGACUAGAGCAUGAUGAUCUUUACCAGGCUAUCAACAUCUAUCUGAAGGUGCAUCCUGACCUGAGCAAGGCAGACAAAAAGCGUUUGUGUGGGAUUCUGGAGUGCCAAAGGCUGACUCCAGAAGUGCGUGCACAUGCAGUUAAAAAUGAAUCUCUGCCAUUAAGAACUGUGGUGCAGCUCCUCUACUUUGAACAAGAAAAAGAUUCUAUGGAAACCACUAGUUCCAAGCUGCAAAAACCACAUGAUUUACUGCUAGGAGCAAAAAUGAGACCAGUCACUAGAGAUAGUCAUGGCAAGAGGUCUUUAAUAAACAAAGAAGAAGUCACAAGAAGAACCUCUCAAGUUGAAGAUAGAGAAAAGGGUCAACACAAAGCUAAACAAUCAGAUGCUAAAUUAGCAUUGGACUUGGAAAGAAAGAUGGUUAUAAGAGAAGACACUGAAGAGAUAGGGUCAGAAAAGUUAAGGGUAGCUAAAGAAGAGAGAAUGUCAAGCAGCAAGUUGGACUUGGAUUCUAAGAACAGCAUUCAAAGGGCAAGAAGCAAAAAAUCAGAACAUGGCCGUCAAAAGGGAAGAUAGAGAGAAUAGUAAUUGCAAUCUUCGAAAUUGAAACAUUCAGAGCAAUCCUCAUUUCCCUAUAUAUGGACUUAGUAGCCUCUAUUCUUAUCAUUUCUUUUUUACAAGUGCCAUAAAUGUAAGCAAAGUAUUGUCAUUUCUACUUUCUGUCACUGUUAAAGAGUUGUAUUUAUCAAAGAGGUCAUUGCAACAAAUGCAGUUGACUUCUCUCAGAUUGACACUGUUUUCAUUACAUUUCAAUUACCUUAUAUGAAAAGGAAUAAAAUCACUUAUAGUGUUUGUGGCACAGGAAAACGAACAACCUUAGCCUUAAAAGU